AUGGCGAGCCAGAAGAACCCAGCGACGAAGAGGAACUGCAACAGGGCCGUCUAUUGCCCUUACCAGCGCGACGGAUUCAUGACCUUUGGUGAUAAUUACGGCGCUGACCCGAACUAUGUGCGAUCAGACCUGCGACACGUCAACUUUGUGGGCCAGCAGGGAGCGAGUGGCUACGCCAUUGGGGGCCACGAAGAGUGGAUUGGCAGAGUUUGCGGGUUCACGUCGCAGGUCACUGAGGAUGACUUUGUCCAGGCCCGGGAAUUUUGGCCGGUUCUUGGCAUGUUUGACAGAGUGUCUCCAGAGCUGGGCGAUAAGAUCAGGAAGGCUGUCCAGUAUCAGUAUUAA